CGAGCCGCUCAGAUCCGAAUCCACCAGCAUGGACACAGCAUCCUCGCUCCUCACGUCUCUGCCACUGCCGCUGGCCAUGGACGCGACGUCGCUCUUCCAGUGGGUCGUGCUCUUGGCGGCCAUCGCCAUCACCUUUCUCCACGUGGCCCGGUCGCGCCAGGCCGCACCGUCGCUCAAGGGUCGCCUGAAGCGGCGCAUGUCGACGCUCGGCUGGGCGACGAAGGAGAGUGAGACCGACUCGAACCGGUCGAUUCCGCUCACGAUCACAGUCCUCGACGGUAUCGUCGCCCGCGAGACGCUUGUCGCGCACUUCCACGAGCGCAUGACGUCGGACAAGGCGUUCUUCUACCGCUUCAUCUCGCGCGUCGACGACGGCAACUUUGUGAUCGAUUCGUCGUUUGACGCGGGCCACCAUAUCACUGAGCACGUGCUCGUCGACAACGAGACGCCGCACGAUAUUGCCGAGUCGCUCGCCAACAAGGAGCUCGACCCGUCCCUGCCGCUCUGGGCCAUCACGAUGUUGCACCACGACGACAAGACGUGGCUCGUCUGGCGCAUCCACCACUGCAUUGGCGACGGCGCGUCGCUCUCGCUCGCGCUCUUCAAGCUCAGCGACGCCACCGAGAUGCCGACCCUGCCGACGAUGCCCGCGCCGACCACCAAGCCGCCGCGCACGCCCUUGUAUGUGGUCGUGGCGUCGAUUCUCUGGUCGACGUUUCUCUAUGUGCGCAAGUUUGUCAACAUGGUCGUCUUCCCCGAGCCGCGCACCGUCCUCAAGCAGACGGGCCACACGCGCAAGCGGCUCGGCUACACGCUGGCCUUUUCGAUUGCCGACACGAAGGCCGUCGGCAAGCACUUCAAGGCGACGCUCAACGACGUGCUGGUGUCUUGCAUUGCCGGCGCGCUCCGCAAGACGAUCGAAGCCGAGACGAACGCGCCCGUCGCCCCUUCGCUCUCGCUCCGUGCCGGCAUUCCCGUCAACAUGCGCGGCCUCCGCGCGAUCGAGGCGACCUCCAACGACUUUAGCUCGCUCGUCAUCGACUUGCCGGUCGGCGAAGCCAACCCGUCGACGCGCAUGCGCCUCGUGGCACGGCGCCUCGCCGAAGCCAAGUUUUCGCUCGAGAAGAACUUUACGCGCCUCGUGAGCCUCUUGAUCAUGAGCCUGCCCCGCGACCUCAUGCGCCAUGGCGUCCACUGGUCGGCCUCGAACGUCUCGAUCGCGAUCACGAACGUCCGCGGGCCGCCGAUGGAGAUCUACUUUUGCGGCCAGCGCUUGUCGGCCUCGUAUGCGUUUGUGCCGCCGCCGCCGAGCGUCAACGUGGGCGUCGCGAUCACGUCGUGGGGCACGUCGCUCGGUGUCACGGUGCUCAUGGACACGUCGAUCAAGCAGACUCCGACGGCCUUUAUUGCCGCGAUCGAAGCCGAGUUCCAAGCGCUGCGCGCGAGCCUCAAGCUCGAUUAGACCCGACAAAUACCAUUACUUUAUUUUAAUAACUCGAUGCCACAAGGUAAAG